CGGCCCUCUCCCUGCCCAGUCUCCCCACCGGGGCUCGGCGGCGGAGCGGGAUGCUUCGCUGCGCCCUCCCUCCCACCGGCAUCAUGAGCCCGUCCUUCCUCUUCCUUUUUCUCCUCCUCCUCGCCCUGCCCGCCUGUGCCCGGCGGGAGCCGAUACCCGGUGGUGCUCAGCCGGGCGCCCCCGCUCCUUCAUCUUUUUCCUCUUCCUCAGCGACAGCCGCAGCGGGUCAGAGCCGCUUCCCGCGGAGCCGCCCCGGGCGGCGGCGGGGCCGGUUGUAUUGCCGGGUGGGCAUCGGCUUCCACCUCCAGCUACACCCCGAUGGACGGGUGGACGGAGCCCACGACGCAAGCCCGCUCAGUAUUUUGGAAAUAUUUGCUGUGUCUCAGGGGAUUGUAGGAAUACGAGGAGUUUUCAGCAACAAAUUUUUAGCGAUGUCAAAAAAAGGAAAACUCCAUGCAAGUGCCCGGUUCACAGCGGACUGCCAGUUUCGGGAGCGCUUCCAGGAGAACAGCUACAACACAUACGCCUCAGCUGUGCACCGCAGCCCACACUCGGGGCGACAGUGGUACGUGGCCCUCAACAAGCGUGGCAAAGCCAAGCGUGGCUGCAGUCCCCGUGCCCGGCCCCAGCAUGUCUCCACACACUUCCUACCCCGCUUCUGGCAGCCCCAGCUCCCUGAGCUUGCCUUCACCAUCACUCUCCCAGAGAAAAAGCUCCUGCCACCAAAACCAAAGGUUGCCCCAUCCCCACCUCGGAAAAACCCUGGACCCAUCAAGUACCGGCUGAAGUUCCGCUUUGGAUAGUGCACCAUCUGGGGGAUGUGGCACAGGAGACACCCAGUGCCUGGGUGUAUUUUGAGGUGACCCUUUGGGAGACCUGCGUCCCCCCUCCCUGGAUGAAUGUGGCGAUGCUCCAUGUAGCCAUGUUGGGCUCAGGGUCUUCUCUUCACCCCACAAAGUGGAUGGCAUCCUUGGAGGCAUGCGCUGGAGUGUGUAACUCGGGCUUUCCAAAGAGUAUUCCUGCAGUGAACAGAAAACGCUUGGUGGACACUGGGUUAGUUUUCUGGUGGUGAAAGGAGCAGAAAGAUACCUCUACAGCAAACAUGUUUUCUUACCUUAUUUUCACUAAUGACUCUCUUGACAAUCAUUUUCAUACAAGAGACAUGUUCAGAGCCAACCUGUUAAAUGCUUUUUUCUUUUCGGGGGUUGUUUUUUUUUUGGCAUCUCCUUUUUGCUGCACUUUUUUCCUCCAACUUCAGACACCAGAUACCCAGGUUUGCCCCUUCCCCUUCACCUACAAACAAGCUUCUUCCAUCUGCAAGAAGAUCAAGCCCAACAAAUGGAUUCCCCUUAUCUGUGGUGCAAGGGGGGCUUAAAGCUUUGCUGGCAAUAAUAUAUGUAUAUAUAUUAUUUUUUGUUAAAGAGUUGCAGGCUUGGGGAGGGUGACUGUUUGCAGCCCUGCUCCUGGUUGUCUUUCCUGUUAUCCCCUGGACAUCUGGAGGAGUGAGUCUCCUUUGUCUAUCAAAGGAUGGCAUUGACAUCUAUGUUUAAAGUACCUCUGCCCUGGCCCUGUGGCAUUCCUGCUCACAUGGUGAGGGGACCACCUUCUGUG